AUUUUAUUCAUUAAGGAUUAAGCUUCCACACAGGUCGAAGAAGGUGUCCAGGUUUCCUAUUAAAAGAAAAUGGAAAUGUUAAAAUUAUCGCUGGUUUCGUUCGCCGUGUUACUAACAUUUUUAGCUACUGAUUGCAAUGGUGUUAGUUUGAAUCAAGACUUAACUCUUACAAAAUCGCAAAAGGAAGCGUUGGAUAAGUUUAAGGCCAAUGUGUUACCAAAGCUGACUAAGGAUUAUCAAAAGUCUGACAUUUAUCUCAUCCGAUGGCUCCGAGCGAAAAACUUCAAUGUGAGAGCUGCCGAAGAGAUGCUAAUGUCUGACUUGAAGUGGAGGAGGGCAGAAAAGAUGGAUAAUAUACACACCGAAGAUUGGUCGGACAUGGAGGAAGAAUUCCCCUGGUUCAUGGAUGGAUACGAUAAUGAAGGAAAACCCAUUCUCACUGCAAAUUAUGACGAGUGGGAUUUAAGGAAAGGAGUUGUUGCUGGAAAAUUGCAACGCAUAAUGCGAUGGAUGACAUACGCGCAAGAGUCUGGAGUUAGGCGUGUUCGAGAACUUCAGGCUGAAGGGAAAAACGUGACGCAAUGGGAUUUUAUAAUAAAUAUGAACAAUUUCAACCUUGUCCAGCAUGGUUGUAUCCAAUGUCUUCCAAUUUACACAACUUUCGUAGCCAAUUAUGAAUCACAUUACCCUGGCAGUUGUGAUAAGAUCAUGCUUUUGAACACUCCUCAAGUAUUUGAAGUGAUAUUGAACCUGAUCCGACCCAUCAUGAGCCCGCAGACUCGAGAAGCCUUGAAAGUCUACAACAACAACAGGGACGAGUGGGACCACAUCGUAUUUAGCGAUAUUGGCAGAGACCAAUUAGUUAAGGAGUAUGGGGGCACAAAAGUUAGGACGUAAUGAAACAAUUGCACUUCUAGAAUACUGGAAAAAUAUUGUUUAUUAUGCACUUUUUCCUAUGGGGUUUUUCUACCCUUUAUUACAUAAAAUAAAAUUACGAGAGUAUGGAACUUGCGAUCUAAAGAACAGUAGAUAAAAAUUCUGCACAUUCUACAAUAUAUACAAAUCGGGUAAUAUUACUCCCAAUAUAUUAGUUGGGCUCUUUUCCUUUCUUCUAUGUAUUUCGAGAUAAGCUAUAAACAAGUUUUUUUGACAUAAAAUGUUUUGAUGUUAAACUUAUGACAUUUUCUUGUCCAUGAGAUAUGAAUUAUAAAUAAAAGUUUGUUGAGACUAUGUAAUACGA